AUGUUUCGAGCACAGGACUACACGGUGGGCUGGGUCAGCGCCAUCCCCGUCGAACUAGCCGCCGCUGCAGAAAUGCUGGACGAGGAGCAUCCGGACCUCCCUCACGACCCUAACGACGACAACAUUUAUACCCUUGGCCGAAUCGGGUAUCACAAUGUUGUCAUUGCCUGUCUUCCUAUCGGCAGAUACGGCACAGCAUCUGCGGCCACUGUGGCCAUCCGAAUGCAGGCAAAGUUUCCCAGUCUUCGAUUCGGCCUGAUGGUGGGCGUUGGCGGAGGCGUUCCAGGCACUACCGACCUACGACUCGGCGAUGUGGUUGUCAGCCAGCCGUCUGGAGAGCAUGGUGGUGUCGUCCAGUAUGAUGCUGGAACCGCGACAGCAUCGGGGUUCAUACGAAAGGGCUUCCUGAAUUGCCCGCCUCCGAUCCUGCUCAACGCCCUGAGCAAGUUGCGCGCAAACCAUCUGAGACACCGUAGCAAGGUCAUGGAGCAUUUAUCGGUGUUUGACAGCUUACCCCGCUUUCAGCGUGUCAAUGCUGGAUACGACAAACUGUUCACGUCAACAUAUACCCACGUGGGAGGGCCGACCUGCGACGCAUGCAGUGAAGACCACCUGGUCGUUCGAAAGCCAAGAGAGAACCAAGCAGUUGAAAUCCAUUAUGGAACUGUCGCAUCGGGGAACCAGGUCAUCAGAAACGGCAUUACUCGAGACCGGCUGAGUAAAGAGCUCGGGGGUGUGCUGUGCUUUGAGAUGGAAGCUGCAGGCUUGAUGAACGGCUUCCCAUGCCUUAUCGUUCGGGGCAUCUGUGACUACUGUGAUACCCAUAAGAACAAGAGCUGGCAGCCGUAUGCUGCUGCGGCCGCCGCUGCAUAUGUAAAAGACCUUUUGUCCGUGAUCCCUGCAGCCGAGCUUGUGGAGGCACCCACGGUGGAAAGGAGCCUGGAAUCGUAUGAACCCAAGCCUAUUCAUCUAACGACACAUUUUCAGACGGCUCAGCAGAGUGGCCCGCGCUCAGUCUGUGACGCAAGCCAUGUUACCAGGUUGGCCCAGCUCGCAUAUGCACUCUACAGCUCAUUUCGGGGCGUGGAGGGGCCGUCCUCUCUUGUGAGCGAACUAUCCGACGAGCUCUUCUCACUUCACUGCUCACUUUGCCAUCUUGCAAAGUAUAUUAGCAUUCUUGGCCUAACCAGCAAUGACCCUGACUCAUCGACUAGCAAUGUGUUCAAGAGACCUGGUGUCUUGAUCCUCCGCUGCAAUUACGUGCUAAAGGAACUCCAAGGGUUUUCUGAUAAUAACCAACACCAAGCGAAACAGAAGGAGUCCAAUACAGUGCAUUCCAGGAGUCGAUCACUUCCUCCGGUUCAGUGGGCGUCAUAUCGAAACAAGCUUGAACAGAUGCAUGCGGAGGUCCAAUGGUGCCUCUCGUCCGUCGACAUUCUAGUAGAUGCCUUGCUACAGUCAAAGAGAAGUCCAAAAAGGCCUGAAGGCCAUCCCAAAAGUGGGGCAUCAGAGCCUCUACGACUUGCAAAUUAUGCAGAUGGACAGUCAGGACAUUCGAAUCUGAUAUCAUCACGUCGGCAGCUCCUAAGUGCGCAGAAUGUUCUGCCACCGAAGCCAACGCCCCGGGGACCAAACAGUCAUGGGACAGUAUUCAAUUUGAGAUCCCUGGCUGCAAACAUACCUUCGAUUGCGUUUCAUGCCACCAAGCUCACCAACAUCAACCAUCCUGAAUCAAUAGACAUCGCAGGCACCACGACUACCCAACCCAUGGAUGGCCGAAUAUUCUCAAAUCGGACGGGCUCAACCAAAGUCCCUCGCAAAACGUCCACAAGCACAGAUCCGCCUACCUUCUCUGCCUCCACACCACCCGAGGUCUGGCUUAGCACUAUUCGAUUACAGCUCGCUGAGUGGGCCUCCACCGCGGCAGAAUCAUCUCAGGAUAAGCGCUCUCGGCAAAGGUACUUGUGCCGUGCAUUGAUGUCUCUCAAUUCCUAUAUUGGGUCCCUUGAGGAUGUCACCUCCAGGCGCCAGCUUCGGGAGAAGCUAGAACAGCGCGGCCUGAUGCAGGUGAUUUUGGAGAUGAAAGCAGUAGUUGGAGAUCUGGUGAUGUUGGAAAAGCAGGUUGAAGUUUAUUUUGAUGAUAAAAUGGAUGAUGGGGUUGUUUAUUAG